CCGGAGCCUUUCUGGGGCCUGGGGGAUCCUCUUGCACUGGUGGGUGGAGAGAUGAGCCUGUAGCCAACCAGGGUCAGGCUGUGCUCACAGUUUCCUCCGGCAGCAUGUAAAGGCUCCACAAAGGAGUUGGGAGUUCAAAUGAGGCUGCUGCAGAGGCUGGACCCUGAGCCCUGAACGUGCUGCCUGAGCCCCCGAGCCGAAGAGCAUGACACUGAGAUCGCUGCCAGCCCUGGCUGCCUGGGAAAGCAGGUUGUGAGCUGCCCCCGCAGGUCCCCAGCCAGCCCUCGCCCCAGCCCAGCCAAAGUCCUGCUGUGGAGGCAGCUAGAGCACUGAGGCCAGGGACGCAGACUCUCUGGUGGCCUGUCUGGCCUGCAACUUGGGGGUUCCUCCCGGAGGCCAUGGACAGGCUGCACCACUGACGGUCCAGGUGAAGCAUGUGAGCAGCUGCCCCAGGAGCCAAGCAGGAGGGAAGAGGUUUUCAGAGGUUCUGUUUGUAAAGAAUAAUCAUCAUUUCACAAGGACCAUGAGGCGGCUGUGCAUGACGUGCUGGUGGCUGGGACUGCUGGCUGCCAUGGGAGCAGCUUCAGGCCAGAAGGAGGGUUUGGAAGGCACCGAGGAGGGCUCACCAGGAGAGUUCAUCUACCUGAACAGGUACAAGCGGGCUGGGGAGUCCCCGGACAAGUGCACCUACACCUUCAUUGUACCCCAGCAGCGGGUCACGGGCGCCAUCUGCGUCAACUCCAAGGAGCCCGAGGUGCUCCUGGAGAACCGGGUGCACAAGCAGGAGCUGGAGCUGCUCAACAGCGAGCUGCUCAAGCAGAAGCGGCAGAUAGAGACGCUGCAGCAGUUGGUGGAGGUGGACGGUGGCAUCGUGAGCGAGGUGAAGCUGCUGCGCAAGGAGAGCCGCAACAUGAACUCACGGGUCACACAGCUCUACAUGCAGCUCCUGCACGAGAUCAUCCGCAAGCGCGACAAUGCACUGGAGCUCUCGCAGCUGGAGAACAGGAUCCUCAACCAGACGGCAGACAUGCUGCAGCUGGCCAGCAAAUAUAAGGACCUGGAGCACAAGUAUCAGCACCUGGCCACGCUGGCCCACAACCAAUCAGAGAUCAUAGCCCAACUGGAGGAGCACUGCCAGCGGGUGCCCACCGUCAGGCCCAUGCCCCAGCCACCCCCUGCCACCCCACCCCGGGUCUAUCAACCGCCCCCCUACAACCGCAUCAUCAACCAGAUCUCCACCAACGAGAUCCAGAGUGACCAGAACCUGAAGGUGCUGCCUCCCCCUCUGCCCACCAUGCCCACUCUCACCAGCCUCCCAUCUUCCACAGACAAGCCGUCAGGCCCCUGGAGAGACUGCCUGCAGGCUCUAGAAGAUGGCCAUGAUACCAGCUCCAUCUACCUGGUGAAGCCAGACAGCACCAACCGUCUCAUGCAGGUGUGGUGUGACCAGAGACAUGACCCUGGGGGCUGGACCGUCAUCCAGAGGCGCCUGGAUGGCUCUGUCAACUUCUUCAGGAACUGGGAGACAUACAAGCAAGGAUUUGGGAACAUCGAUGGAGAAUACUGGCUGGGUCUGGAGAACAUUUACUGGUUAACCAACCAAGGCAACUAUAAACUGCUUGUGACCAUGGAGGACUGGUCUGGCCGCAAAGUCUUUGCAGAGUAUGCCAGCUUCCGCCUGGAGCCCGAGAGUGAGUACUAUAAGCUGCGCCUGGGACGCUACCAUGGCAAUGCCGGCGACUCCUUCACCUGGCACAAUGGCAAGCAGUUCACCACCCUGGACAGAGACCAUGAUGUGUACACAGGGAACUGUGCCCAUUACCAGAAGGGAGGCUGGUGGUAUAACGCCUGUGCCCACUCCAACCUCAAUGGUGUCUGGUACCGUGGGGGCCAUUAUCGGAGCCGCUACCAGGAUGGAGUCUACUGGGCUGAGUUCCGAGGAGGCUCCUAUUCACUCAAGAAAGUGGUGAUGAUGAUCCGGCCCAACCCCAACACCUUCCACUAAUCAGCUCCCCUCCUGACCUCUUGUGACCAUUGCCACGAGCCUGCCCUGACCAUACUGACCCCAGCACAAAGAACAACUCCUCACUAGUUCGUGUAGAGGCUGGGAUGCCGGAUUUGGUUUCCCAAGUCACAGAUAAUGGAACCGAAUCGAUACUGUAUUCUCUGUCUCUGCUCCUUUUCUUCACACCAGACAGCCCCUUGUGUUUCUAGACAGGACAGGACUAAAACAUGUCUUUCUUCAAGUUAGUUACGUCCUUCAAUAAAAACACAACUGCAAAAACAUUCACAAUAGACAGGUGUAUGAGCCUACCCUGGGCACUUAAGUGAUGGCCAUGCCUAUAUGCAUUUAGAUAUAUACCAUAUGCAAUAUAUCUACAUGCAUAUACAGGUUUGCCGCAUAUACCUGGACACACAUAUAUUUCAGACAUUCAAGCUGGUACUGACAGCUUUACUCCAAAGAAAAAAAGCAUUUUUUUAAAUUCAUGUGUUACUUGAGUUUAAGACCAGAUCACUGCCUUACGUAGGUCCAGUUCAAAGAAUAAUUCUUGCUACCCAAGUGCCUGGAUUCUUCCAGUAGUGUCUACAAACCUAUUCUCUUAUACAGGGGCUCCCAACUUCCUCAUGUAACAGUCCCUUUGGAUAUCUGACCUGAUUUCAAAAUACUCCCUCUUUCCAUUCCUCUACUUCUCCCCAUUCUCAGGACUUUUCUCCCACCCAGGACCUACUCAUUCAGCGAUCCAUUCAGUCACACGGUUUGAGGCACCUUGCCUGCUUACUCUUACCUUUGUUGUACUAUCUUUCUUUCCAGGCAGGACUACUCAGCGUCUGUGUAGGAAACAGCCUGGGCUCUAGGUUUCUCAUCAGGAAAGGGAAGGACAGGCCCUAAAGCUAAAAACUGGCCACACAGAUAACGUGUUUCACAGUUUUGUAGUUUCUCUUCAAACUUCUGCCUACAUGUCAUUUUAUCUUUCACAGAAAUAAAAACCUAUCUUUCCCAGGAGAUACGAAAAUUAAAGAGAAGUCAUUUGGUUAUUAGGGCCUCCAAAUGGCUAUUGAUCAAAGGUCCAGAGAUCUCAGGCCAACUAGAGUCCACAUCUCAUCCCCAAACUGCAUCCCCUGGAGAAAAGGUGCCAUAAGAUGAGAAACAGCCACACCUCUUGUGAGUCUCUGAAUAACCAGGGACCACUGGUUCCCUUGACUGAUGCAUUUUCGUGUGGAAGCUGUCUGGGUCCUGUUGCCCACAAGGUGUCAAGACUCAGUACUGCUGGGACUAUUGUCAAGAGCUUAGUUAAGAAGGUGAGACCCUCCCUUGGGGUGUGGGGUCAAGGUGGGCUAGAUGUUGGAUGAUCUGGUACUGUCCAUGUCUGGGUAUGUGCCUAUUACCUCAGCAUUCUCACCAUGUGUACCAUGUAGCAUGUUUUAUGUACAUAAAAGGGAGGGUUUUUUUUUUUAAAUGUAUUCCCAGAUUAUCCUUGUAAUGACACAAAUCUGCAAUAAAAGCCAUCAGUGCUAUUUGGGUAUAUCUACA